AUGCUGGAGCACUAUUUGAAUCUGGUGGGAGCUGCACUGGCCAAUGCAGAAGUAUUCAAGGCCUAUAACAGAGAGAACCGACGCAACAAGGAACUGAUUGAAGCCGUCCAUGGACUGUUCGAAGAGCAGCAAUUCACUUUGGAGGCAUUUGUUCGACGCUGCCUCUACUGCUUGACCACAGUUUCACAGUGUAAACGCAGUGCUGUCAUCCUCAUGCAGUAUGCCAAAAUGCCAAUUCGAUCGAUGAUUCAAGGAGGAAGUGAUGAGGUUAGUCUGCAGUUGUGUAGACUCAGAGACAGCUAUAUUGUGAUAAAUCUGUCAACAGGUAGAGAACCUCAAUUAUGUAUAUACUAA